GUAUGCUAAUAUGUAGGGAAAGAUCAACUCUGAUACACCAGCAUUUCUUCAAAACCCUACGUUGAUAUUGUGCAAGCUCACUUCCUCAGCUCAUUUAGCUGUGCUAGAGGUAUUUUCGCAGCACAACACGUUUUAGUCCUUUUGUAACUUGUAAAGCACCAUGGCAGACAAAAAAGUCUGGUGGAGUGUCUGAUCCCCCGCUGAAUGCCAUGGUCCUUUCAAAAGUGCAUGGGCAGACAGACAAUCAAAGAUCAAGGGGACACUCAUUGAUGGGAGAGGGGACAGCAUUUUACGUUUACUUGAACUAUACUUAACUCAUAAAAUAAACAGGGAGAAUGAAAUUUAAUGAAUUGAAGUAAGGGGCUCACACUGCUCUGACCAAUUUCCUGAAAAACAUUCUACUGUCCUUCAGUGUCUCACUAUGCCCCCUCAUGUUUUCAGCACCCCUCCUCCAAAAUGGACUUUCUGAUCACUUCCUGGGCAUAUCCAUUUUAGUAAAGGCCUGCAUCACUGAACAUAAAAAUGCCUGGAAAGGGGACACGUCACCUCAUACUGUGCAAUGUGUUACAUGUUCCUGCGGGAGGCACAGGGCAAGUCUGACAACCGUCAACCUGGCCUUUGAGUGAAAAAACUUGAAGUUUUCUCUGAGAUUACAUCCUCAGUAUGGCUACCAAAGAAUCAACGGGCCAUCAUCUUGAGUGCUCUAAAUGCCUUAACCGUUUCCAGGACCCCAAACUUCUGAGUUGUUUGCACAGCUUUUGUCUGGCAUGCCUCCAAGAGUUACAGCAGCACGCCGAUCUGUCUCAGAAAAAUGCUCUGUGCCCAAUAUGCAGGAAGGAAAUUACUACACAAAAUGUUGUCGACUUGCCCAGUAACUUGACACUGAGUGCACUGGUGGAGGAGGUUGCCGUGCAGGAACAGCUGCGAGAAGGUCAAGGCUCGGGGGUCAAAUGUCAAGCAUGCGUUGAGCAGAAUCAGGCUGUGUCCAGAUGCGCAGACUGUGACCACUUCCUUUGCCAGGAUUGCCAGCGAGCACAUCAACGUCUGACAAUCAUGAAGUCCCACACCAUCCACACAGUGGCUCAGCUGAAAUCAGGAGAAGUUGUGUACAGGAGCAAGCUGCGCGACUUUGUUCCAAAAUGUGGGAAGCACACCGACCAGAGUCUCAGCAUCUACUGCAGUACGUGCCAGCGCCUGACCUGCACCACUUGCUCCAUCUUACACCACAAGGGCACUGAGCACUCCCUCAGUGACCUAUCAGAAGCCUUUGAUAAAUGUAAACAAGAAGUCAUGCAACAAAUUGCUGCUGUGGAAGCGAUUAAAGUUGGUUUCAGCGAAGCAGCAAGUGAAACGGGUGAGUCCCUCCAAACACUGCAGGCCACAUUUGAUGAAACCAAUCAGAAAAUUACCGAUGAAGCCAACAAGGAAGUUGCCAAGAUAAGGGACAAGGAGCAGCGAAAGAAGCAAGAGCUGAAGCAGAUCUAUCAAGAAAGAGUCAAGAUAUUUGAGGCUGCUGAAACUGCCAACAAGGAGAAGGUGGCCAAGCUUGACCGCAAGAUAGACAGCACCAACCAAAUGAUAGCCCAGGCCAGUUGCUACGAAGUGCUGGGCAUCAAGCAGACACUCCUGCAGAAUCUCAAAGAGCUGCAGAGGACAAUCACAGAGCCAGUGAAGUUGUCCCAGGAGUUGAAAGCAGUGGAAUUUGAAAAAGGCGUGAAGCCGCUGGGGAGAAUGGCUGCUGAAGCUGAACAUCACCUGGAAUCAAAGGCUGCACAAUUUACACCUCCAAAAGCCCCAAAUCGGUCCCACGUUCAACAAUGCCCAAACACGGAGAUUAAAGACACAGUUGAAGUCCUUCUUGAAGAACCUGGGUCAGCCAGCCUCAAAGAUGUGGGGAGAAAGGGUCAGGUGGGCAAGAACCAACUAGCUGAGAAGCCAGACACAGAGCAAAAAAGCUCCAAGUGCAGCGAUCAAUGGUCAUUUGGAAUUCUGGUGCCAAGAGAUCAACCGAAAUCUGAAUCAAAGCUUACAGUCGAAGAAUCUCAUCAACCAGAGGGAUCCCAACAAGAAGAGCACUGGAUCCUGGCAGGAAAGAUUGAGAGACUUGGAUCUGACCAGAUCAAAUUUCGUAGCCCCUAUGAUGUGGCUGUAUUCUCUAACAACGAGUUAGUCAUAGCAGACACUGAACACAAAAAACUAAUUCAGUCUUCUCUCACAGCCAAUCCUUGGUCUGACGUUUCAAGCAUUCUAGAAAUCAACGGCCUGACUGAUCCACUCCAUGUUUCAGUCAACAAAGACGACCAGCUCAUCGUUUUAGACAGUCACACUUGUACGGUCAACAUCUUCAACAUGAAUUACAAACUCCUUCGACAGUUUAUACCAGGUAAAUGGACAAACGGGGAACCAACGUGCCUGUCAGUGGAUGAAUGUAAUCAAAUAGCCGUGGGCUUCAGGAACCAAAAGAUGGUAUUUCUUCACAGCUCAGACGGAUCACUCAUCAGAUCCCUGCAUGCCACAAUGAUCGACUCUUAUUUGGCAACCUUCAAACAACGAUUUAUAUACACCAACUACUGGAACAAAAUGUUGUAUUCACAAGACUACAACGGUGACAUCGUGUUUUCCGUGAACAUCCCUAGCAACAGUCCCAGUUACUGGGGUCCAAACGGCGUGUGCUGCGAUAAGCGCGGCAACAUUUAUGUUGCCGUACGUGGCUUCGCGUCAUCCUAUGAAAUCCAGCGUUUCAGUCCAGAUGGAGCCAACCUUGGUUCUGUGAUCACACAACGCAGUAUGCCACGGGGCAUCUCACUUGCAUCUGAUGAUCAUUGCCUGGUUGUGGCAACAAAAUGUUCUGUCUCCAUAUAUAGACGUGUAACUCACAUAUGAGAUUGGCCAUGACAACACAAAAAAGGAUUGCAUGAUUCAGUUUCUAAAAGCAAUGUACUCUGUAGACAAGGACUUUUUAUUACUUGAUUCUGGAAAACUAAAGUUGACAAGUUCAAAUGUGAAUUUUUCACAUGUACUCAUUAUUAAAAGAAAGACUGAACAGUGUUUAAAGAUAUGACUGGCCAAUUCUAGUUCUGCCCUGCCUCACACAUGGUGUCGAAUUCAAUAGAGUACACAUGGGCUCCACCUGUUAACAUGAGAGGUUGCUUUUUACCAGGCAUUUCAAAAGCCCACACUGCCAUACAGGAUUUUGUGUGUUCUUCAAGGUACAAAGCACAACUGAUUGGUAGUUUAAUGCACAUAAACCUUUAAGGCAGGGACUUAAAUGAUUUCUAAAGCCUGCUGGGGAAUACAUCCCUCCAACUUUUGACUAGGGGUUAUGGGCAAUCUGAUCACCCUCCAACCCAAAAUUUUUCGGAGGUGAGAAAAAAAAAGCAUGGUGGAUUUUCUGGCUGGCUUUCAGCUUGCCAACAGCAGAAUCACAACUCAGAAAUACUGGAAUGCAAGAAGUACAAACACCUUAAAUGCCCUGCUUAGUGCUUAUACAUUAGCAUGCAGGUAUAGAUAACAUUUGCAUCUGGAUUAUAAAUACAUGUACUUUAACUGUUGUAAUCUGGUGUUUACAUCCCCCAUUUGAAUUUCCAUAGCCAGGCAAGUUCAGGAUUUCUGCCAUCUCCACCCCCCCUUGAUAGCAUUUAUGCCACUGAACUCCACACAUGGGAGGGUUUCACACCAGGUACAAACGGUAUUAGUCAUGGGCAUUCCCAGGGUGGGGGUGGGGGGUGGGGAGAGAACAGAAAACGGGAAACAAAUAUGAAGAUAACAGAAGAAGGGGAGAGGGUCUUGAUUACUUGCUUGAAAAUACACAUACUUUGGAAUCGACCGCCAAUCCCCAAAGUCUCCCAUUCCCUUCAAAAGCCAAGAGAGGCCAUUAGCUUGACUGAAGAAGAAACCAAAUUGAGGCAAUGUCGCAUCACAAUGUGUUGAACUUCUUUGAAAUGAAUUCAACUUCAAGUUAAUGGGUGAGAUCAUGCACAUGUGCCUGCUACCUGACCAAAACUGAUGGCUAACCUGUUCUACUCUUUUGGCCUAAUCGCCAAAAACUGCCUACCUAGAAAUGAAUUCAACCUCAUGAAAAACAAAACUUAACCAAGUAUUUGCUUAUAAUAAUAAAGAGAUAUGUAGAGACCAUGGACAGAUUAGCAUGAGAUGUCCGUUGUGUACCAGAGGCACAGUCUCUCAUUGCUUAUUGGACCCCCCCUUUUUUUAAGUAAGCCUACUUCUGUUUAGUGUACAGUGAGUGCACUGAUGUGGGGAGCGACAUGGA